AUGCCUCGCCAGUUCAGUCAUUCGGGGAUGAGGCCUCGACAGCAGGGAGGUAUAUGUCCCAAGUGUGGGGGGUUUCAUACAGAGGCCUGUUACUUGGAUGCUCCGGUGUGUUACAAUUGUGGGGUGAGAGGUCAUAUAGAGCGGGACUGUCGUGCGCCCAGAAAAGGCAUGGGUAGGGGACUUGCUCAGCCAUCCAGUUCAUCAGUUGUUACGUCAUCAGUGCGUCCUCCAGCCCCAGCAGGGCAUGGUGCAGCCAGAGGUGGAGCUCGUGGUAGGGGCGGACCUAGCAGGUUUUAUGCAUUGAGUGGUCGUUAG